UCUUACGUGUCCCGGAUGGCUCAGUGCUGUGCUAGAUCUUGAUCGGUUCGAAUCGUACGUGGAACGUUACGUUUAGCUCCUGGUUUGCCCUCGUCAGCAAAAGGGCUCUUUCGAGGGCGUGACACAGUUUUUUUUUAAGUCCAGGGGGGUUAGGAGAUGUUUUUCGUGGGUUCGGAAUAAGAGUGACGAAACAUUUUUGGAGAGAAAUACUGAGCAAACACAGAAUCGAUUAGCACCGCGUUUUUUUUUUGUUAGUUCGCAACUGAUAGUGACCUACUUUAGAUAGGAAAAGAAGCAUGAUGAAGGUUAACGGUAAAUACCUGUGCGUGAUAUCAUUGGUGAUAUUUUCGAUUAGUGGAAGUGCUUAUACGACACAGCGAUCGAACGUCCGGGAUGACGAAGGCAGUCCGUUCCUGGAUAUGGCCUCGGAGUUCUUGCAGUCUCUUGGAAAUCAAAAUGGAGGCGGUGGAAAUGCGGCAGCUGGGCUGACGGGAAUCGCUUCCAUGCUGUUGCCACUGAUGGCCAAUGCUAAUGCCGGAGGUGGUGCCAAGUCCAACAAUGAUGGUGUUGGAGCGAUCCUUUCCGGAAUCGGAAGCAUGUUGGCCGGGGCCAAUGGUGGCAAUGCCGGAGGUGGUGGUGGUGGAUUUGAUCCCGCUCUGAUUGGCAAUGUGAUCCAAAUGUUCGCUGGAGCGAACGAGGAUCAACAACCCCAGAGACGAUCCAACAAACGACAGAAGCGUCAGCAGAGAGCCGAAGAGGGUAACCCCAUCCUUGAUACCGUUCUGACCGUUGCUCAAACUUGGCUGGCCAAUCAGAACAGCGUCGAUCAUGACGAAGAUCGGGAACCUCAACAUCCUGGAUUCAAUGGGGACACGAUCGCCAAUCUAUUGCCACUAGCCGUCCAGGCGUUCCAAUCCUUCUCCGGUCCAGACAUGGAAAAGACUCAGGAAAAGCACAAGGAUCACUCGUGGGUUCUGCCACCCUUCCUGGAGCACAUCCACGUCAUGUGGGAUCAGUUUACACAAUCCGAGCUGGCACAAGCCCUGUGGACCAAGAUCGGACUGGAUACGGUGUUUAAGGGAUUUGUGGGUCGCGAUGGAAAACUGGACUACGAUAAGCUGUUUGCCACGCUGCAGAACCAGAGCUUCCGGCGACGGUGGAUUAAGGCGGCCACUAUCUAUCUGGCUGACUGGGCCAAUUAUAUUGCCAACCCGGAGGUCUAUCAGAGAUAUGUCGCAACCGGACAAAUGAUGGCCAACGGCUUCCUGCAAUCGCAGGGAUACCCCAAGCAAGCGCUCCUGGAUAUCGACCGGCCCAGCGAGAGCAUCUCCAACCUGAUCGAUCACGUCGCCAAGAAGCACCUGCAGGUCAAGAUCAACUCGGUGACGUACGUUAAGCCAGCCGUCAACUACGUCAAAGAUCUGUUGAAGCUGGGCAAAGCCAAGCAGAUCCUCAAGCAGUACAACGUCACCGAAAUGACCGACAAACUGACCGAUACGCUGAAUUUGGAGGUAAUUGAACCGGUACUGAAAGUUCAUCGCGCCUACCGACAUGCAAUCCAGACGCCCCACUGCGAUAAAUACAUUCUGUGCGAAAUCAAUUCGCACGAUCCGAACGAGAAGCGGGCGCUGGGAGGCUUCAAGCAGGGUGUGACCCGAUUCGGCAGCAUGGCGGCCUCGUGGUUCAUCAGCCAGGAAACCGGAACGCCCUUCUGGACGCUGUUUGCCAUUAUCAACGAUCCGCACAACUGCGAGGUCAAACAUCCGGUCGAGUGUACAGAUUACCACGAGAACGAAUACCGAGUAUCCACGGAGUAUCCACACAACGAACUGUAGAGGAGGCGAAGCGGCGGAGAGAUUGUUCAUAAAAAAAUGUGAUUGUUACAGGAAAAGGCAGAAAAUCGGGCGAUAUUCAUGCGAGUGUUCAGAGCUUUCUCGAUCGAACGAGAAAUGAAAAAAGCUGCACGGAAACAUAGAAAAUCGACGCCGUAUGUUUUGAAAUUCACAUUUGAUUGGUUAUCCAUAUGCAUAAGUAGACAGAGGAGGGUUAAAUAAGGGAGUACAAAGCGGAACGCCGAAAAUAAAAGCGCGGUUUGAUUGCGCAAAACGCGCGCCGCCGCUCUCGGGAGAAGGAAAAGCAAAAUUAGGCUUAAAACAAGCUCAUUUCGCGUAGCGGUAGCGUAGAAUUAACCGUUCGGCUGGGUGGGUAUGCAAAAAAUAAAGGGGAGACAAUGGGGCCUUUUCCAUUUUGAAUGUGAGUUUCAAACUCGGUCAGUCGCACGGAAGUUCGGAUCAGAGAGUGGCUCGGAGACUCGGGAAAUCGCACCCAAAAACAACAAAAAUCCAAAAAAUAAAUUAAUUUACAAAAAUCUACAUUGAGACUUUAAUUUAUUUGCUACAUGUAUUGCACUUGUGAUGAGACACAUUUUUAAAGGCAUUUUAGUUCGGAUUUUAGGUUUCUACGUGCAGAGCCUGACGACACAUGGACAAUACACGAACAGUGAAAGACGCACAAAUACAUUGAAGUUGGGAAAGCGAUCCUAUUUCUAAUCGAUUUAGGGUGAAGAAGUGUAGAUGAUCCGAAAGCACAGCUUAAAGAAUUUUAAGAGCACAAUUCUAGAAAAACAUGAAAGUUUGAUCAUGCUGCGUCUCAGACCGU